AUGAACAAGGCUAUCCUUUCCAUUUUAUUAAUCGCUUUGGUUGGUACCAUUUCUGCUCAAGAAGAAGCUGCCACCUUCAACUUCAACAUUGACUUCGAAACUUGCUUCACCAACGCUGCUAAGCUUGCUCACGAUGUCAAGGUUGCUCUUGCUGCUAUCCACACUGAUCCCGUCUCCAUCUCUACCACCUUAACUGAUCUCUACGCUUCUGUUGAAGAUGUUAACCCCCUCCUCCACGGUUGCGCUAUUGAUAUCAAGUUAAUUGACAAGCUUGAUGCUUUCACCUUCUCCAACUCCAACUUAUGUUUCAACAACAUUGAUACCAUCGUCAAUGCCACCGAAACCUUUGUUGCCUUGAUUAAGCAAAAGCACAUCGUCUAAGACCUUGUUCCCAUCGUUCAAGCUCUCUAAGUCCUCCUCCAAGCUCUCCCCUCUGCCAAGGAAAACUGCUCUAUUGUUGCCAAGCCUAACUCUACCAUCCUCUUAGCUGACGGUGUUGAUUUGAGCAUCAAUUUAAUUAAGUGCAUCCAAGAAGCCAAGCAAGACGUUGAUGCUGCUAAGUAAUUAAUCCAAGAUUACAAGAACAGCACUCUUCCCAUUGAAGAUAUCUUCGAAGAAACCAUUAACUUAUACAACAACGCCGUUGUUACUUUCAGAGACUGUGGUGUUGAUGCUCUCCACCUCCCCACUGUUGACAAUGUCGCCAGUCUUAAGGUCUGCGUCAAGGAUGGUGUUGAAGUUUUCAACAAAUCCAAGCAAGCUGUUGAAGACAUCAAGACUUUAAAUCUUAACGAUCUCUUCCCCACCCUUAAGGCCAUCUACAACGAUGCCAUUGAAAUCAAGAACGUUUGCAUCGUCAAGAAGCCUGCUUUCCUUUCCAACUGA